AUGUUCGGCGCUUCCACUAAACCAGCCUCGAGCUCGUUUAGCUUUGGCUCCUCGCAGCCAUCCUCUGGCCUUGGCGCAUCAGGAAACACAGCUUCUGGAGGUCUUUUUGGUCAGCAGCAGAAACCUCAAUCUUCAGGUCUAUUUGGAAGUGGAACACAAAGCUCAUCUACUGGCGGUCUUUUUGGCCAGAACCAAAACCUAGGCACGACGCCGGGCUUCGACAACUUCUGGAGGGCUUUUGGUCAGAAGCCUGCCACAGGAACGCUGGGAUUCGGCGCAAACACUUCAGGGUCUUCUCUCUUUGGCCAGAAGCCUGCUGGUGCUAGCACAACCACUGGAGGUGGCCUUUUUGGCAGCUCUUUAGGACAACAAAAUCAGCAACAGGGUCAGCAAAACCAGCAAGGCGGUAGUCUCUUUGGUGCAAACAAUACUGCCAGCACUUCUGGUGGUGGUCUUUUUGGUGGUCUGCAGCAGCAGAACCAACCACAGCAACAGCAGCAAACUCAGCCGGCCACACAGUUGACUGCCAUGACAAGAUUUGGUGACCUCCCGCCUGAAAUCAAGAAAGAAUUACAAGAGUUCGACCACUAUAUCAGCACGCAGCAUCUCAUAGCAACGACCCUUAAUGCCGAUCUUCCCAAACACAAUCAAUUAGUGAAAUCGUUGGACUCCGACGUCAGUUAUUUGCAUACAAAGAUAUCUACCAUCAAACAGGCCUUGAAGGGCGAUAGCAACCUGUUGAGGGCUUUGAAAUCUGUGAAUGACGAGCUCACCGAGGACAUCGGUAACAUCAUGCAACUAAUAAUUCAGCUAUCUACUCCAGGCACAAAGUUGUCCUCAUCAUUCCAGUUAAACGAAUUUUUUGUGAAAAAAAUCAAGCAUUAUAAAGAGGUAAUGGAAAGCUACGAAAGCGUGAUAAAGGAGAGUGAAGACGCAAUUAAUGGGUUGCAAAAGUCGGCCAAUGAUUCCAUGGGCAGCAUAAAUGACGUUGUAGAGGUUGUUAAAAGUCAGUACCUUGUUUUCAUGGAGCUCUGUGAAACUCUAGCACAAGUCCACAGUGAGGUGAACCAACUAAGGCGCUGA